GCAGUGAACGGGUUUCAACCAGCGGUGAUGACGUAGCGUCAUGCAGGCCAGGACGCCAUAUAUUGACGGUUCAAGGCAUUAUAAAUUAAGCAAACACCCUGCCUCUCUCUGCAACCGAAUGCAUAUGGAAGGGGAAGUCAUGGAGCAUGAAUGCAAAAACUAUUCGGAGACAUUCUUCGAGGCCGAGGAGUUACCCAGCAGGAUAAUUGGUGAAGCCAGUACUGAACAGUACAACUCUUCGAGCUCCUUCCCGUCUUCCACACCCUCUAAAUAUGCUGAGAUGGAGAGAAUCAGGAGGGAUAAGCUGAAGGAAAGGCUUUAUGCUCUUCGACGUGUAGUCCCGAACAUUACAAAGUUGGACAAGGCAUCUAUCAUCAAGGACGCAAUUGACUACAUUGAAGAGCUUCAGGAGCAAGAGAGGAGGUUGCUAUCGGAGAUAUCAGACCUCGAGUUGUCAAAUGCGUUUCAUAAAAUUAUUAACGAUAUCGAGCAGGAUGAUGUGUACGGUACGCAGAGAAAGAGAAAGAGAACUUCAUGGAGUCCGGCCCUUUCUUCUCUGGGGUCGCCAUUCAUGCCCUCCAUCGAAGUUCUGGAACUGAGGGUGUCUGCAGUGGACAAUAGAACUCUGGUUAUAAACUUCACUUGCAAAAAGACGAGGAGGGAUACCCUAACUAAGAUGUGUGAAGUAUUUGAGUCUCUUAACCUCAACAUCAUUGCAGCCAAUAUCACCUCUAACCCUGGAAGCCUCUCACACACGCUAUUCGUUGAGAGUGAUGAAAUGGAUAGUGCUGGGCUGAAGGGCAAGAUUGAAGCAGCCAUUGUAGAGCUUGGUGUUCAAGCAAGUCCAUGAGUUUCUAUUGAAGUUGAUCUUUUAUGCCUUGUUUGGUUUGCCAUUAAAAUUUUUCCUCAUCGGACUAUUUUUUUUAAGAAGUAUUUGUGUAAAUCUGAUGUUUGAAAAGUAUCUUUGGUAUGUCCAAUUAGUCAUAGAAAAGUGAUACAUUUG